GCUGCUCUGCUGCAUCAGCUGGCUGGCUGCUGGGGCAACGUCGUACUUAACCAUUUUCCAUCCACCACCACUGCAUUCACUCAUCUCAUCUCACAUACAACCCCCCCAUACACCCACCACAAUGCCCAUGGACUUUGAAGCCCCCCCUACCGACCUGGUCACGCUCACGCGUCACAUCCUGAGCCAGCAGCUCGCGCUCGGCGAGAAGGCCACGGGUGAUUUGACGCUGCUGCUCAUGGGCAUCCAGGUCACCUCCAAGUACAUUGCCUCCAACGUCCGCAAGGCGCGCCUGAUCAACCUCGUCGGCCUGGCCGGCGCGUCCAACGUCCAGGGCGAGGACCAGAAGAAGCUCGACGUGCUCUCCAACGACAUCAUGGUCAACGCCCUCUCGGCCUCGGGCAAGGUCGGCGUCAUGGUCUCGGAGGAGAUUGACGACGCUAUCAUCGUCAAGGGCAGCAAGGGUACUUACGCCUGCGUCUUCGACCCCCUCGACGGCUCGUCCAACAUCGACGCCGGUGUCAACGUCGGCACCAUCUUUGGCGUGUACAAGAUCAAGGAGGGCUCGACCGGUGGCAUUUCCGACGUUCUCCGCCCCGGCAAGGAGAUGGUCGCGGCCGGCUACACCAUGUACGGUUCGUCGUGCAACCUCGUCCUGACGACGGGUAACGGCGUCGACGGCUUCACGCUCGACGAGUCGCUCGGCGAGUUCAUCCUCACCCACCCCGACAUCCGCAUCCCCGACCGCGGCAAGAUCUACUCGUUCAACGAGGGCAACUCGCUCCACUUCUACCCCCCGACCAUUGACUACUUGAACAGCAUCAAGUUCCCCGCCAACAACAAGCCCUACUCGGCGCGUUACAUUGGCUCGAUGGUCGCCGACGUCCACCGUACCCUCCUUUACGGAGGCAUCUUUGGCUACCCCGACGACAAGAAGUCCAAGGACGGCAAGCUCCGCAUGCUCUACGAGGCCUUCCCCAUGGCCUUCCUCACCGAGCAGGCCGGCGGUGCCGCCAUUACCGGCUCGCAGCGCAUCCUCGACGUCAUCCCCAAGAACAUCCACGGCCGCUGCCCCGUCUUCCUCGGCUCCAAGGACGACGUCGCUGAUGUCCAGGCGCUCUACGCCAAGUGGGACAGCCCCGACAAGCGCUGGUAAAGGGGAGAGAGAGGACGAGAUGAGAAAAAUGCCUAUAGCCUGUUGUACUUUGCCUGGAGUGGUGGUCCACGGCUCAUGUAUGGUCUGCAGAUGAA